AUGUUUGCGAUUGAUUAUGAAGCAACAUUCAUAGAUCACAGGAGAAUCACUGUGUGUCUGGCGUGCUUAGGCCCUGGGAGUGACGAGGAAACUUUUAAUAGCGUUUUUUGUUCGCUAGUGACUCACUACUCAUUUACCUUUGUACGAAGUAAUGGUUCGAAAAGUGAACAUCUGUUGGGCACGGAUAAACGCGAUUCUCUUUCGGAGACCUCUGAAGUACACAGUGAUAUUGGGAUAUCAAGUCUUAAUACUCGUCAGCCAAUCUGGUUAAGGUUCUUAAAGGAAUAUAACCCAAUCAAUAAUGCAUGGAGCUGUUUCCAACCUUAUCGGGCUACUGCUGGACUGCUUGCUUUUGCCUGGUGUUCAAGUCAUUAUGACAUAGAACUACGGGUCAAAGAUUACAUCAAGCAAAAGAAAUUGUUGUCAGCUACGCUUAUCAGUAGUCAACUUUUCCUGUUUUUAAAACCAUUGGGCAAUGAAAACGACUCACUAUCAGUUGAAGAAGCAAAUGCUUUUGUAUCUGAAAUGUUGAAAGAGGAUUCAGCAUUGCUAGGUGAAAUUAUUUGUCAUCCUUCCGAGCAUUUAUUCGCAUCAGAAAUGAAUAUUCUUAAAGACUUUGGUUACUCUGCUGGGACGGAUGAGUGUUCUUUAGUUGACAAAUCACAUGUUUCAAUUAGACCACCGUUUGUUAAUCAUCGAAUUAGUUCAGUCCUUCAAGCACUAACUUCUGAAAUUUAUUGGAAUUUGAAGAAGAUGCUCGCCGCUAAGUGUCCGAGUGAUAUUAAAUUGAAGAAAAAAGAGUCACAGUUAUCUAAAGAACUAACAGACUCGUCAGACGAUCUAUUAAUGGCUCCAGAAGAAAAUGAAUCGAAGUGGAAUAUUCUUGAUGAAGUCAGACAUAGAUCAGGAUCAACAAGUUCUAUCAGUGCUCAAACAGAUAUAAGUUUUGAGUGGUUCGGAUUUAUCAAACAGAAACGAGCAACGGGACGGUUUAAGAAAUAUUUGGGUGAUAUAUUUUUACAGUUAGGUGAUUUAGAAAUGGCACAAAUUCAGUAUAAUCUGGCCCUUGAACAUUUAAAACCUAUUAAUGAUACUUUGUGGAUAGCAGGUGCUCUAGAAGGUCUUUGUGCAGUUGCUAUGUGUCAACAUUCUUCUGAUCAUUCCUCAAACCUAGGAACAACACGUUCGAAAUUUCUUCAGCAGCGUCAUCUAGAUGAUAAUUUAACCAAUGGUGAACUACGGAAAUCACAUUCCCAGGAAUCAGAUAUGCUGGAACAUUCAACAUCUUCAAGUUUAGAUCUCGCUUCGUCAAAAUUAUACCACCCUCUUAUAAUAUCAUCCACUGAUUGUUGUAAUUACGCUUUGGAAACAAUUGAGUUAUACCAAAAGGUUGAGUUAAAUCCUUAUCUUUUUGAGGAGUUCAAAUUCAAAGUGAUUCGACUACUUAUCUCUGAAUCACAAAAGCGUAAAGCUUGUGAAAUUCUUGAUUCGUUGGUUGGACCAUCUCUUUCCUCGUUUAGUACUGAGAAUCCUUGUUCAAUGAAACGUUAUUUCACUAUUGUUCGUUUAUAUAAAUUUAUGAAUUUCAAUCGUAAGGCUAGUUUAGCCCUAUGGCUUUUAUUAUCAUCAAAUCGACUGAAUAGUGUUGAAUUUGAGCAUGAAAUUUUAUUUAAUGGUUUAAAAGUUCAAUCACUUUCAUCGAAUAUUACGCAAAUGACUGAAACGAAACUCCUAAAUGGUGAUGACGAUACUACUAUUAAUACCACUACUACUACUAAUAAUAAUAGUAAUAACAUCACUAAUAAAGAUUUAAGCUAUUUAAUAAAUGAAAAUAAACCACCAGUAAACGUCACCUAUCGUUUAAUUGCAUAUCCCCCAUUAUGGAGUCCAUUUGUUAUACCUGAUCAAUCACAUUGGUUAAUUCGUCUCACCACAACGAUAUCAAAUUCAUCAACGCUUUCAACCAGUCUAUUUAAUAAUAUAAUUAAAUUAAAAUCCAUGUCUAAUAAUACACGUCAUAUUAAUUCAAACAUGAGUUCUAAUUCCAAUAGUUUAUAUUCAUCAAAAUCAUGUCUACUAUUCCGUUUAGUUGGUUGGUGUGAUUUACAAUUGAAAGUCAUAUUUUACUUAAUUAAUGAAUAUAAAGCAAAAAUUAAUCUGGAAGAUAUAUCUGAAAUUCCAUGGGAUAUUGGAUUAAAACUUAUUGGAUACUGUUUCUCUGUACUGGACAGUUGGCCUGAAUAUCUAGAAAAAAGUAGUUGUAUAUCUUGCAUGGAUGAUUUAUGCUGUUUAGCGGUACUUCGUUGUCCAGACCAACCAACUAAUUUACCUAGUAUAACUUUAUUAAAUUAUUCUACUCAAGAAAAUAUCCGUUCUCGUAGAUGGCCUCGUAAUCGUCGUGUAGUUUAUUCACCAAGUAGAUUUUGUUAUUUAAUGAAUAAUAACAAUGAAGAAGUACAGACGAAAGUGGUCGAGAAUAAAAUGUUAGAUUUGGUAGAAAUACCAGUGCAUCAGUUACCCUUAGUUAGAUUGAUCAAUAUACCUUCACUGCCAAGUAAUCUGUUACCUCACACAAUUUCUAAAAACGGAGCGGAGAAUGUAGUUUCAUUGAAUAGAUCUCGUACAGUUAUUAUUCGAUCAGAUCGAAAUAAAUCAAAACCACCGGAAUCUAACAACAAUAUAGAAUCAUCAAAACCCACUGAUCCAUUUGUUUAUAAUCCUUUUCAAAUGGAUAAUUCUAGUGCAACUAAACAUUCGAUAAUCGAUUGGGUUUGUGAAGAACCUGGAUACAUAGAAAUGAUAGUUGAUAACAAGCUCCCAGUUGAUUUAAGAAUAUCUGAUUUACAUGUUGAAUUGAUGCCAGUUAAUAUUGGAUUAUCGACUAAGGAAUCAUCAUCCAAUCGUGUUUCGUCAUUGACUUCCGAUUAUGAAUCAUCAUUUGGUGGUGGUUCUACUGUAAACAAUGAAUGUUCAGAUGCUUUAUCAAACCUAAUUCAUUUAGAAGCAAUAUUUUUAACUGUGGAAACUCCACAAUCAGUUAAAAUACUACCCACUUCACAUUUGAGUAAUCUUGAUCUUGGAAAUGUGAAACAUCAAACAAAAGAGAAUGGCUUCUAUGGUCGUCUGGAAAGCGGUUGUCUUUUAGAAGAAGCUGAAUUACAUAGACAAUUUCCUUAUUCCAAUACAGAAUGCUUUUGGCGGCGAAUUAAUUCAGAUGUAAACUGCAGAUUACCAUCUCAUACUAAUGGAAUUAAACUGUCGAUUGGUGUAGUACCAACUUUAGAUUUGUUAACGUCAAGUACUUCAUUCGAUGAUUCAAAUACAUGUUUACAUUAUCGAGUUGUUGGCAUUACUUAUCGUCUAGUCGAUUGUGGUGGAAUGAGAGUUUGCCUUAGACCAUCUGGAAAAUUUCUUUAUUCCUUGUCUUCACUUGGGGAAUCAUCUAGUAGAGGACGUGAAAGACAUCCAAGUGGUUCUUCAUCAUCUACUUUUUCAACUAUUCGAUCUUCAUGGAAUUUAGGUUCGGAACCUAUAUGUCCUAAUGGUAUUUCAAAUAUAUCCGAAUUUGAUAGUGAACAUUUACUAUCGAAUUCAUUGGGAAUACAAUUUUCAUUAUUACCACUUAUUAGAUUACAACCUGCAAUGCCACGACUGUGUAUGUUUCCAGGUCGCAUUUGCAGCGCAUUUGAUUUACAUGAAGCUAUUGAUAUAUUGAGAAAUGAAUCAGCUAGUGAACAUUCAUGUGAUGUUACGAAACAACUCCAUUCACUUGGUCUAUCAAAAUUUCAUGUCCCUGAUCCUUCAGAAUGGUGUAAUCGUGUAGCUGCUGUGUUGGAUUUAACUAUAUUUCCAUAUGAAACUAGAUGGUUACCCAUCGAAUUAUAUAUUCGCGAUGAAAAUAGAUUCAAUGUUUCAAUAAAUAAUAUUAAUAAUAAUAAUAAUAAUCCAGAAAGUAAUUAUGAUUUUGAUAGUAAUUACUCAAUUAAACGUAACCUAAACUUGUUACAUGUAAAUUUAAAAUCAGUUUCAUCAAGUUUAUCAUUGUUAACCAAGCUAAAUUUAAAUGCAACUGAUUUUAUUCAAUGUAUCGGUUUAGAAGAUAUUCGAAAAAGAUUUCCUCUCCCAGUUGAAAAUUGUGAAGUACCAAAUUCUAUACCAAAUAUAAAUUCUGAUUAUGAUGAACAUUCUCUUCCAUUAUAUGCGACACAUGUUGGUUUAAUUUGGUUGAAAUUCGAUUCAGAUAAAUAUUGGCAAAUUGUGACCGAUCGAUUUUCUUCAGACCCUGAAAUUAAUGAAUUAAUGAAACCUACUCAAGUACAGUCGAUUUACAUUGAAUUUGAAAUUGAAUACGCCCUUGAUGCAACUAAAUCUUCACCAUCGUCUGAAUGUAAUAUAUCAUCAUCUCUACUUUCCAAUAAUAAUCAAUCAUUAACACGUCAAAUUUCAUUAGGAUUCAAAUUGGAAUUACUGGCAUCAAAUUUAGCUCCAUUAAAGUUAUCUGAUUUAAUGUUAACUUUUGAAGAUAAACCAUUAACAAAUGAAUAUUACUUACAGAAAAAUAAAAUGACAAAAUUAUUUGGGGAAAAAAUUCAAGCUGAAUCAUUUUUAUAUGGCUCUGUCGAAACAAACUUAUCACAUACAUUUCUACCUCAGAUACUGAUAGAACCUAAUCAUCUCCUGCAUUAUCGUCUCGAAAUAGAACUAGAAGAAAAUUGGUCUAAUAAACAACAGUCGAGGUCACUAGUACAAUUAAUUAGUCCAUGGUUAUUUCAUGUAUUUAAUGAAUCAGCAGAUAAUAGUUCUAAACGAAAGCAAUCACUAUCUUCUGCUGAACUAUCGAAUGGGGUAUCUGAAAAAACCUCGAAUUCACCGAGUUCUCCUGUUUUAAACUCUUGUACAGAUGUCUUGGAUAAUUUGAAAACUACACAUCAAAUUCGUUUACCACUUAUUGGAUUUAGUGACUUAGUGUUCAGUAACAAAAUGACAAAACUUAUCAAUUCAGAACGGUUAAAAUCGAAUGAAUUAGGUAUUCCUAUUCCUGUGGAAAUUGAAGUACCUGGCAGUGUUUUAGAAUCAAAUAUAAAAAUAUUUUGGUACUCUCGUGUUCAAGCUCGUUGGAAAUCUGAUUGUAAAUCAGAAAAAUCUCAGCAAUAUGAAAAUUCAUAUUUAUGUUCUUAUUUUCGUCGAUAUGGUCGAAUAAUUUUACCAGCACAUGAAUGUCGAAUAGAUCCAAAAUGGUUUGCCAAUGAAGCUUUGUCAACAUCAUUAUUUAAACCUUGGUAUGAAUAUCCGUUCCUUAAUUCUGGCUCUGCUGCUGGCCUUCUCUGGUCAAAUAAUAUUUGGAUAGAUAUCAGUCUGGACCCACCCAUUCUUGAUCAUUCACCAAAUUUUCGAAUUAAUUCACAAAAAAAACUUGAUCCUCAAAGUCAACUAUGUUUACAAUGUCGUCAAGAUUAUUCUAUUGCACGUCGAACAACUGUUUGUACCCAACGUCGUAUUUCAUCUAUUUCAGUAUUAUUAAAUCAAGAAUUACUAACUAAUACCAACACUAAUAUCACUAAAGAAUUAUCAGUGGGACUUCGUAAAAUAUCUCUCCCCGAUUUAAGAGUUUCACGAAAAUCCAUUAUGAAUAUUAACAAAGAAGAUCUUUAUUCAUCGUCACGUAUUUGUACAUAUCCAUUAAAUCCUGUGUCUGUUUCUAUUCAAUGUGGAGUAAGGCAGAAUUUUUUACGGAAUAUUUUUAUGGAAAAUGAAACAAACUCUACAACUCAACGAAAAAACUCGUUUUUCAACUCAAAUGGUACCACAGAUUCAACACAGGAGUUUCGAAUAGAACAUGUUUGGAUGGGUCCCGCUGUAUAUAGACAUGUUCAACACAUUAGUAAUGAUGAUCAUGAAUCAACUCAGAGUACUUUGUUAGGACCAUUAAUUGAAGGAAUGGAUUAUACUUUUGUUGGAAAAGCCUCAGGUAGUAUUGGGUUCUCUAUCCCUCAGUCUUCACCGUCAUCAUCAUUAUCACCAUCUAGUCAAAAAUCUGAAACAUCCAUUAGUUCUAUAAUAUUUUUACGUCCCGGAAAAUUUUGGGUUUGUGGUCUGUUAGGUAUAUUACCAGAAUCUUCCAUUUUAACUAUAGCAAAAGAUGGUCAAAUACCUACACCAUUUCAUUUACCAUCAGUACACAGUGUUGAAACUAUUCGUUUUUCACCAAAUGGAAUCUAUAUUCAUGUACUUGAUUCACAUGUGUAA